GCGUCGCCGUACGUGAUGAUAUCACACAAACUCAUCCCUAUUGCUCUUGUGUUCGCCCCCCUCCAGCACCGAACCGAACCGGGACUGUGUCUUACGUCACAACCACGUCAUGGGGAGAAAAUCUGUACGGGCAAAGGAGAAGAAGCAGAAGCGUCAAGAGGAACGGGCCGCUAUGGCUGCAGUCUGUGCCAAGGUGCAGGCAGCCAAUCAGCUAGGUGACCCACUUGGGGCAUUUCCGGUCUUCAAAAAGUACGACAGGAAUGGGUUAAAUCUAACGAUACAGUGCUGUAAGGUAGCAGACUUGGAUGAGAAGACUCUGGAUUGGGCAUUUGAACUCACCAAGAAAAACAUGCAACUGUUGUAUGAGCAAAGCGAGUGGGGAUGGAAGGAGAGGGAGAAGCGAGAGGAGAUGACAGAUGAACGAGCCUGGUACCUUAUUGCCCGAGAUGAGCUUGCUGCCCCUGUCGCCUUUGUGCACUUCAGAUUCGAUGUGGAGUGUGGUGAUGAAGUUCUUUAUUGUUACGAAGUCCAAUUAGAGGUCCGUGUCCGCAGGAAAGGAGUGGGAAAAUUCCUGGUGCAGAUUCUACAGCUGAUGGCUAAUAGCACACAGAUGAAAAAAGUAGUCCUCACAGUGUUUAAGCACAAUCAUGGUGCUUACCAAUUCUUCAGAGAUGCUUUACAGUUUGAAAUAGAUGAAACCUCUCCCAGCGUUUCAGGUUGCUGCAGCGAUGAUUGCACAUAUGAAAUUUUAAGUCGCAGGACAAAGUUUGGAGACACAACACACUCGCACUCAGGACAGUGUGCAGGGUGCUGUCACUGAACUUAUUUGGGGGAUGGACCUGUGGAAAGAUUUUGAGGGACACAGCAAUUGUCUUUUAUUUUGUUGUUGUUGUGUUGGGGUCCUUUUUUGUUGUUUUGGUUUUGGU